AUGUCCGCCUCCUUGGACGAGUUUGUCCACUGGGACGAGGCGGCCGCUGCCAUUGGUGACACCGCCGAUUUCCAGCUUGACGCUGAGAACCUCGACCUGGUCCUCGAAAACGUCGACGACGAUGACUUUGGCUUCUCUGCCCUACAGCACUACUCUGGUGACGCAAACCUGGACCUCUUUGCCAUCCCCGAUGCCAUCAUGUCUGUCGAGCACCAUCACCCCAUCUCCGCCGAGGAGGAGGCCUGGUACGAGACGCCCCAGGUCGCUUGCGCGCACUGCGCCGGCGGCGGCUUCUCCUGCAAGAAGAUCCGCGAGGGUAACUACAAGGGCUACUGCACCAGCUGCGUUGCCCUCCGCGUCGAGUGCAGCUUUGCAGGUACCGCCGCUUUGGCUACCGCCAAGGCCGCUGCAGAGCCGUCAGCCGCCUUCCCUCCCAACCCCUGGCCUGUCAUGGGCCAGCACCCAAACGCCAUCUUCUCGACCUUUGCCCCCCCGGAUGGCGCUGCUGUGCCUGCUCCAGCUGCCGCUCUGGCCCCGGUUGCGACUUCUCAGCCCGCCGAGGUCAAUGGCAUCAUUGCCCCGGUGCCCGUUGCGCCGCCCAAGAUUGGCGCUCGCUUCUCCCGUGAAUCUGUCCGCAUUCUCAAGAACUGGCUCUCUACCCACACCAGACAUCCGUAUCCUAGUGAAGAGGAAAAGGAGAUGCUGCAGCGCCAGACUGGUCUGAACAAGACCCAAAUCACAAACUGGCUUGCCAAUGCUCGCCGCAGAGGCAAGGUCCAGCCUCCCCGAUCAGUUUCACCCAACAUCAGAAACUGGUCCACGCCCGGCUCAAUGGACAUUCCACAGCGUCGUGGAACACCAGCUCUGGAAGCCAUGAACCCCCUGCAGCGUUGGCAGGUCUCUCCUCCGGAACACGAACCCGCCUCGGUCAGCGCCAUUGCCAGGGCCGUUACGGCUUCGUCUUCCGCCCUCUCAUCUGGGCUCAACUCACCAUAUAGCUUCAACUACACCGACGACGGCUCCAACAGAUCGCUGUGCAAGGAGUCUUCGGCAUCCAGUGUGGGAACCUCGCAGUCUAGCAAUGGAUCAUUUGGCUCGGCAUACUCUCACGGCUCCAGACACUCUUGGGGCUCAUUCGGCUCGGCACCCUUCAACAGCCGCGGCCGCCGUCGCCGCCGUCGCAGGGGCGCCACCAAGCCCGACGGCAGCGCGAAUCCUGCUGCGCCGUUGAAGACGUUCCAAUGUACCUUCUGUACCGAAACGUUCAGAACAAAGCACGACUGGCAAAGACACGAGAAAUCGCUGCACUUGUCUCUCGAGCGCUGGGUCUGCACCCCCGAUGGGCCUCGCGUCUUGAACCCGGAAACGGGACAAAUGUCGUGCGUAUUUUGUGGCAUCGCCAACCCGGAUGACGCGCACAUUGACUCGCACAACCAUUCGGCCUGUCAAGAGCGCGCCAUGGAGGAGCGCACAUUCUACCGCAAAGAUCACCUGAACCAGCACCUUCGAUUGGUUCACAAUGUCAAGUUCUUGGACUGGGCGAUGAAGCCGUGGAGGAUUGCAACGCCCGAGAUUCGCUCCCGCUGUGGGUUCUGCGGCAUCGUAAUGGAUUCCUGGACUAUUCGCGUAGAUCACCUUGCCGAGCAUUUCAAGACUGGUUAUUCCAUGGCUGACUGGAAGGGUGACUGGGGUUUCGAAGUGCCCGUCCUCGACAUGGUCGAAAACUCCAUCCCACCCUAUCUGAUUCAUCAUGAGCGAACGUCGCCUAUGCCCUAUGUUGCCCUCCAGUCUCCACCGGCCUCUCCGCGUAAUGCGUACGAGCUCAUCAAGCUGGAGCUCGCCAACUUUGGCUCCUCGUACUGGGAGCAGUACGGCAAGCCCCCGACCGACGACGAGCUUUGCCUCGAGGGUUGCCGUAUCAUUUUCGCCUCCGAGUUGCUGUCCAUCCAGGGUAUCGCCACCCAGGUGUCCUGGUUGCGUGACAUUGUUAUGAACGACGAGGAGAUUUCCCGCAAGGCCAAGUUUGGGCCCCUUCGCCGUGCCGCCGAGCUGCAGAGCCUCAAGAUUAACGGCAAGGACAAUCUUUUCGAGGAGUGUCCGAUGGAGAUUCAACUGCAUCAGUUUGUCAAGGCCAAGAGGUUGCUGGGCUUGAUUGCCAUGGACGACGAGCUGCAGGAAGAGGCGUGCCGGAUUGUUGGGCGUGUCGAAGAAAUGUGCACCCAUCCGUCCGAGGCUGUUGCUAACUGGCUGCUUCGGCUCAUCAAGCGGUCGACUUCUUGGCUAUCUACCUUCCGACGCCGCGCGCAUUUGCCCCGGACAGAAGACAUUAAGAGCGACACCAUUCGCUCCAAGGACCUCACCUCAAUCGACUCGACGAUCCACAGCUAUUCGAGGCUGGAGCGUGAGCUUGGUGACUACUUGAAGGCCCAGCGCAGCUUGGGCAAGGACCCCUCGGACGAGGAUCUCCAGCGCCAAGCGCGUCUUAUUAUCUACGAAUUCGACGACGGGUGGAACCAGACGGCAGCCGACAACAUGCAGUGGCUAGACGCUUUCAAGGAGCGACAUCCCCUGGCGGAACAGACGCCAGGUAGAGCGGAAAAGACAUCCCCGGAACAGUCUGACCAAACCACAGCCGUUGGGUCACCGAGUUCCCAGUGGGCGACGCAGAGCAAGCGGCGGCCGAGCGUUGGAAGCCCCUCAAAGAAUGUCGAGUUUAUCCCAUUCGGCAAGCCCAGCAGCACCCCGUCAUUCUUGAACGACGCAAACUGCUACCGCCGUCUUGCCAAGGAGCUGAAGCGCUGGGUCGUGUCCGCCAUGUCGCCCAACAACCCCAACCGCCACGUGCCGACGGACGAGGAGCUGCGAUACCAAGCGCGCUGGAUCAUCUACGACGGCGACGACCCGUGGAACCAGACCGCCGCGGACAAUGCCGAGUGGCUGCAGCGUUUCAAGCGCGACGUGGGCAUCACCAAGGACGGCGGGCCCGGCCUGCCUGAGAGCUACGCGUGGGCGACGGAGCAAGGCGGCACGGGCUUCGCGCCGCCCUACGCAUGCCCCAAGUCGGAAGGCGGCGGCGGCGGCGGCGGCGGCGUGGACCCGUUCGCGGACAGCGUGCCGGUGGCGAUGCGCGACGGCGCCAAGGCCGUCAUGGCCGGGCCGACGGCCGCCAACAGCUUCCUGGACGCGCUCGCGGCGCCGCACGCCAGACCCGCGCGCGUCUUUUGCUUGCGCGAGCUCGAGGCCGGCCUGCUGCGCUUCGCCGAGGGCCACGCGCUGGCCAGUGGCGGCCUGGCGCCGGACGACGCGGCGCUGAGGGCGGAAGCGAGGCGCAUCAUGCGCACGGACUACACGGCCGCGGACGACGAUCAGCUGCUGGGCAAGUUCAAAGAACUGAUGCGCGAAAAGAUGCCGUUCCUGAGGGCGGAGGCUGCGGCGGAGGCGGAUGCGGAUCUGGAUCUAGAUAUGCUGCUGCUGGGGCAGGAUGGGAUGGACUUUGAGCUGGUGCCGGACUUUAUGAGCAGUGCUGUCAUUGGCACGGACGGAGAGGAUGGCGGUGCGCCGCUUUUUUAA